GGAGGCAGAAAGAGAGGGAUAGAGGGGGAGGAGAGGGAAGAAAAAAGGAGUCAUCGUAGUAACACACCGGCGCGUCUCCUCUCGCGGCUUCGUGGUUGUCUCGGAAUUAGUGAGUAGACAGAAUUAUGUCUGUGAGCUGGCCAGCACCACGGCUCAGUUGAAACUUACUGCUCAGAGCGUGCACACGCAUACUACGAAUCCUUCCUACUUACGCACCUCGCGUCUUCCUCGUGCGAUUAGAACUUAGUCCGUGACCGCCGGCAGACCAAUCACGGUCCAGUUUGCUAACGCGCCUCCGUACAAAACGGUGUCUUCUUCUUCUUCUUCUUCUUCUUCUUCUUCUUCUUCUUCUUCCUCCUCUUCUUCUUCUUCUUCUACUACUUCUUCUUCUUCACGUGCUGAACGUGCUGCGGAGUUCCCUCGUUCGAAGAAGCGCCAGGCAGCUAGGUGACGGAGUAGUACGGAGCCACCCGCGACGGUGACGUCUCAAAGUCGGAGAAAUUUUCACGAAUUCUUGAAGAGACUCAAAAGACACGCGCGAUUGAGAUGGUUUCUUAAUCGCGCGACGUUUCUGGUUGUCGUCUUCUUGCGUGAUUCCGCGAGGUGAGCGAGAAGUACAAAUCGGAAGUAGAGACAUAAGAGACAUAAUAUAACGCGAUACCGAAUUGUUUUGAAUGAGCUUUGACGAUUCAAAAGCAAGAAGAUCGAAGAAUACUUCUAAAGAUAAAAAUUAUCGGCUAUUUUUUCCUGAAACUCGGAGAUUAUUUUCGUAGGCUGCAGCCCGGCCAAGUAUUCACCAGAAAUUUUCCGGGCUUGACACAAUUUUCAGUGAUCAUCCACUUAGCUUUAAAAUCAUUUUUAGAAACAAAAUUGAGCAUUCUAAAUUAUUUAUCUCUCUUAAGAUUAUCCAAUUUUUGACACGAGUGCUUCAAUUGUCGUCGUAAUCAAAUAUCGUUCGAGCAAUUUUUCAUUACCUGCGAUAAUGGGCACCAAAUCCGUUGUGUUUCUCUUAUUAAUAUUCAUUGCGACCAAUGCAUGGUCUCAUCAUCAUCGUCAUUAUCAUGUUCAUCAUUCAGAACACAAGAGAGAAAAUAGUCACAUGAACGCCGAACGAAAAUCUGACAUUGAAAAUGAAACCACAGAGCCUACUGUGCAGCCUGACUUAUUGAAAAAAAAUGAAGAAUACUCAGAGGCUUUAAUUAGCAAAAAGUUAACUCGCAGUGACCGGAGACUAGAGAAAAUGAUGGAGAAGGCGAUCCUAAAGAUAAUCACAGGUGAUCUCGGCACGUCAGACAUGUUGCUGCUGAAGAGUUUGAAUUACACGCCCGAAGAAGUACUGGCGAUUCGCGAGCGAGAACUCGAUAAGCAAAGGGAUGAAGAACUGAGAAAACUAGAGGAAAAGGAAUCCAAAGGAAAAAAAUUCUACAAUGAGAAUCUAUAUAGGGACAAGCCGAAGCAUUGGAAUUAUAAUUCCAUGGAAUUCGUAUCCUCCUCCUCUCAUAACGAUCCUGACGUAGACGACGUGAGGGAUGAAGAGAAGAGUCAAGAGGAAAAAUCUUCUUACGAUAAAGACUUUGACUUUGACGCUUAUAACCGCCAGGCGGUGAUCGAUUACGAGAACUUGGCUUCCAAGCUCGAGCUGCAGCAGUCGUGGUCCGAACCUGCGAAUUUUGAUUAUGAAGACGAGACGAGAAAUUCGGAAGCGUGGAACCCGUCGCAGAAUAUUCGUCGGAGCUUCGACCAAGCCAUGCAGCCUCACGUGAUCUUCAAGAUCCCCUAUGACGAUUCCGAGUUCGAUUCCAGCUCCGAAUCUGAUGAGGAAUUAAAAUUUAUAGACAGAGACCUUGUCUCGUCGAAGGGCCUAAAACAUCACGUUCCUUCGUCCUGGAAACGCACCACUGCGAGGAACGUUGCAAACUCCUUUCACGCUUCGUCAUUGUCUACUUCUUCUCCUUCGUCUGCUUCUUCUGCGGCUACUGGGCACACUCCACUUCCCGUGGUAUAUCAGCUGAAUAAUUUUAAAAGCGCCAAGUCGGAUUAUCCAAAGAAUCAGCCUUCCUUCGACAGCACGACAGAAUUUCCGGAGGCUGUCGUCACGAACACCACUGCCACAAAUACGUCUAUUACGUGCAGGCUAGAUUUCAAUACUUCAGCGAACAAUGGCACAGGCAAUACGACCAGGAAAAACGAGUACGAGGGUUUGGAAUGGGUCGGAGACGAUAUUUAUAGGGUAAUACCGGACUCGUUGGACUUGGAUGAUGACACCGAUGAGAACGAAACGUCAGAAUCUGAAAAGGAAAAUCCGGCGGGAAGCGAAACUGAUAUGCGGCGAUAUCAAAGCGAUACCCCGGACCUGGCCAAGCUCUUCGUAGCUAGCAAUGUUUCCGGCGAGAACGUAUCGCAGAUCAAUCUGACCGCCUAUCAACAACUAGCAUUAGCUCAUCGUCCAAGAGAAAACGUAACUUCAACCUUCGACAGUCAUGGCCAGAAGGCGAUCGAAGAUAUCAAGAUGAGAAUUCUUGCUCUAACUGGAAGAUUCAAUCUCAGCACACAGACCAAUCAGGUUCAGCGUGAGAAGCUUACUAUGUUUUCGCCUACAUGUCAAAUGCCUCGAAACACGGAUGCGGAGGCGUGGAUGGAUCCGUUUUUAAUGAACAUGCACUUCCAACUGAAUCUUACUUCCAGUGAUUUCGUUGUCGCUGCGAGAUUACGGAUCUAUAAGCUACCGCAGGAAAAUAUCACAACCUCCGACUUUGACGAGGAUGAGGAUGAUGAGAAGAAAAUCAGGAUAUCCGUUUACUACUACACCAAGUCGCUGAAGAAGCAUCGAUCAAAGAAGCGGCUGAUGGACUCCGUCGUGACGCCUCUGACGGCCGAAGGCACGCAUCUGGCGCUGAAUGUCAAGCACGGCCUGAGAUUCUGGCGACUGACCCCACGAAAUCCACAUGGUAACAAUCACGGUUUGGUGAUUCAGAUAGAGGACCAGGAUGGCCGGCCAUUGAAGCCGGCUCAGUAUAUCCAGCAGCCGUCCUGCGGGGACCACGAUAUGGAUGAGAAGGCAUUCCAGCGCACACCUGCACUUUUCGUCCGAGCCUGUCCUUGUUACCUUUGCAUCGUAAAUAACAAAACAGAAACAGUUGUAAAUUGUGGGACUUGCGAUUGUAGCGAUAGCAACAUUCAUUCGACUAAAAAGUAUAAAGAUUCAGUUUGAAAUAAGAAAAGCCGACUUAAAACAUUGUUAUCGUUAUCAUCAUUUAAAAAUACUUGCCAUUAGCACGUAAAGAAACGUGUACUUUUAUUGUAUAAACUCAGAGUCGUAUAGAAAAAUGUCUACUCAGAAAUACUAUAUAAGGAUGGAUUAAGGAUGAUCUUAAGUAUUGAAUUUUAAAUUUUAGAAAUUAAGGAAUUCCAUAUCAAUUAUGAAAACAAUUUUUCUGACUGAAUAAUAGAGUAGCAAACAGACACAGGGCUAUCAAGUGAAAUAUCUUUCGUUGUCUAAAGCAUUACUUUUACAGAAGACGCAAUUUUUCACUGAGUGCUUAUCUUUUUUACUGGCAAUUUGUUUGAAAAAGAAUGCAAGUCCGGCUUUAA